AUGGCCCCCAACGAAACCUUCCUCAAAUACAGCACAAGAGCCCGGACGGUACAAAGCCUCUUCAACUUUGACGCCGAGAAAACCUCCAAGCUUGGGGACCUGCAAUUAGCCCAAUUUGUAGUCUACGGCUUACCGGAUGCCCUGCAAGAUCGGAUCAACAAACAACAACUGCUGGAGGUGACCCCAUUCAAUUACGGCCCGUUUGAGAAACAAGCAAACGCGUCGUUCCUCACUUUUCAACGCCCUGCGGAACCGUCUGCCCCGACUAGAGCAGCAUCAUCGGCACCGCCAACUCUCAGCCGGGACGAGUUUAUAUGGCGGGUACACUCAUUUUUAGACUCGCAAGGUCUAUGCCAUUUCUGCAAGAAGCAUUGCGGCAACGCGAACGGCACAUGUCCUGGACCAAUCAACCGAGCCCAUGUCGAUAUUCCAGCCAACUAUCAGACUCCCCCCAAACCACUAAAUUACGUCGCCCCCCGCGCUUGGAGCAAGGAAGUCCCCGCUCCAGGCAAACCGACUAAUCCCCCUGCUGGGCGCCCUACAGUUCGGGCCGCGUCUGUGGCGGGUAUUUCAGCAAGUUCACCCCUUGAGGCCCAGGUCUCGGCUCUGACACUUGAUGCGGCAAUCAGAGAAGACAACCGAUUUGGAGACCAAUUUGACGACGAAGGCUGCUUUCCUAGCCUUGACGCGGCAGCCGUGGCUGCACUGGAAGAUCUAGACAACCAACUCCUCUUGAAUGAGAUCGAGAAAGUCACACAAGCUGAUUUAGCGGACCGCAUUGCUGGCCAAUAG